UCCCAGCAACAACGAGUCCAGCCCCCUUGGAAAAAAACAAACAAACACCGUUUUAUAUAUCGUUCAGAAUAACAUAGAAACGUGCUUUCACAACGACCAGAAACAACCAAAUCCAAAUCUAAGUGUAGCUAGUUUUACACUAUGCGGCAUAGUGAUCUGGGUCGCUCACAACAAACGGGCUGCUAGUUACCGUCAGCUAGCUUUGACGUUAGCACCGCUAGCUGGCUCUGUUCGGGAGGAGGUUACCGAGUGGCACAGGCAGCAGCUAGCGUUACCAUUGUCUGUUGUUGACUCGGUCUGCCAUCAGCAACCCCCUUUUGGACUGGGCAGAGGAGGCAUUUCAAGUGGUCUGAGCUGUGGCCUGGCUGCAGUACCAGAGGCCACCAGCGUGGGGCAGCAGAGCGAGGUGGGGCCAGGAGGCAGCAGUGAGUAGGCCGGGGCUGGAUCUAGCCUUGAGGGGCAUGCGUCAUGACCUCGGUGGUGCUCGUUGACAGUGGAGGGGCGGUGGUGGAGUAUAUGACCGCCGUGGAGGACCCUCAUCAGGAGGGAGAGUGUGAGGAGGGAGACGGUGAAGCUGAGGUGGAGGUGGAGGUGGAGGUAGAGGUGGAGGGAGACGUGAUGGAAGAAGAGACAGACGAGGACCUGGAUGAAGAGGAGAACCCAGCAGUGAUCGUGGAGGAGGUCCCAGGCAGGGGGCUGGAGCAGUAUUUCUCUGCCCAGGUUCUGGUCUACGAAGACGGGACCUACCUGAUACAGGACGUGGGGGAAGAACAGGAGGUGGAGACUGAGGUGGUGGAGACAGUGGAGGCGUCCGUCCAUUACCAACAGUCUGGCACCAGUAUCUACUGUUCUGAUAAGACCAUCGAGGCUGCCGAGGCUCUGCUGCACAUGGACUCUGUUACCAGCCUGAGAGGAGACCGCAGCCCAGAUGUGUUCAUCCCGGCAGGGUGUGGGGCCACCCCAGACUUCAUCCACGCGGCGAUGCGUCCAGACGUGAUGACCGAGACGGUGGUGGAGGUGUCUACGGAAGACUGUAUGGACGAGGACAUGGAGGUCACCCUCAUAGAGGAACCAGACGAGUCAGAGCCUGACCACCAACCUGUCAGGAAGAAGAAAGCGGGGAGGAAGCCAAAGACCCACCCGCCUGCUGUGUCCAACGGAUCGCCGGACCUCAGCAUCAAGAAGAAAACCAGAGAAGGAAAAGGCAGCACCACGUACCUGUGGGAGUUCCUGUUGGACUUGCUCCAGGACAAGAACACGUGUCCCAGGUACAUCAAGUGGACUCAGAGGGAGAAGGGCAUCUUCAAGCUGGUGGACUCCAAGGCCGUGUCCAAGCUGUGGGGCAAACACAAGAACAAACCUGACAUGAACUAUGAGACCAUGGGACGGGCUCUGAGAUACUACUACCAACGUGGUAUACUGGCCAAGGUCGAAGGUCAGCGGCUGGUCUACCAGUUCAAGGAGAUGCCCAAGAACAUCGUUGUCAUCGAGGACGACAAGGCCGACUCCAGAUCGGGCGAUCUUAUUGGCUCAGAGAAGUCUUACCACGAGAGAGUCCUGCCCUCGUCGGAGACGAUACUGAACGUGGCCGAGCUCGCCACGACGCCCACCAUCCUGAGGGGUGGGACUAGAACCGUAGUCCAUCCUCCGGUUGCUAAGGGCAACAAGGCGGUGAUGACGGGGGGCGGGGCGGCGGUGGGGGGGGUUCCGAGGAUAGUGACCAUUUCCACGGCGCCAGACGGAACCCAGACGCAGCAUUCUCACACGGCCAUCAUCCCCACUUCCUCAGGACCCAGGACUGUACGGGUUGCCAUGCAAGUGCCUGUAGUCAUGACAACGUCACUGGGCCAGAAGAUCUCAACGGUUGCCGUGCAACAGGCGCCAGGGACGUCGGGAGGCCAACCGACGUACCAAUUGGCCAACGCCUCUCCCAUCGGCACGGCAACGGGCAACGCGAACUCCCAACCGAAGGUUGUGAUCCAGACCAUCCCCACUAUGGUUCCAGCCACAGCGGAGAACGGAGACAAGAUCACGGUCCAACUGGCUAAGAUCAUCACCAUCCCGGCCCACCAGCUGGCCCAGUACCAGCAGCAGACCAAGCCUGGCCUGGGGGGUUCCCCGACGGGCAGCAUCUCUCUCCUGGGCGGGACAAACUCCUGGGGGGUACGAGCCCUGGCACCUCAUGUUACCAUGGCUGCAGGGACACAGGUGAUGAGGCUGGCCGUUCCCACAACGCUGCAUCAUCAUCAACAACAACAACAACAGACACAUCAUAUCGUCACGACGACGCAAGGUGGCGGGACCGGGACGGCGGUGGUCACCGUGACGACGACGACAGCCAAUCAGAGCGCUCCGGUGGCGGCAUCCCACAUCAUCAGCGGCAUCAUCAAGAGAUCUGCCACGGCGACGAGAGAACCGCAGCAGCAGCAGCAAGCCAAGACGCUGACCGUUAAAACGGUACAGGCCCUCCCCGUCCAGACCACGUUACCGGAAGCACCGGAGAUCAUCACGGUAGUCGUCUAAAUCAGAGGAGGGUCCCGCCUGAGAUCAAGUCAGAAGAUCCGGAGUGUUGAGGCCACAAGUACGGACACACACACACCACACACACACACACACACACACCACACACCACACACCACACACACACCUCAACAUUGUUUGUACAGUUUUUGCCCACGUAGUUUGUUCCUCUUUUUCUACAUGACAGUCUGAGAGACUAUAAAGACCCACAACCAGCUCUGAUUUACCCUGGGGGG